UUGGAUAGCCUGAAAAUAAUUUCUUUCACCUACUCAGGUAUUUGUUUUCUUUCUGGAAUCCGAGAAUUAGAGAAUUCUAGACAAAAAAUGCCUCCCGUCAUCCACUGCGUCCGCCAUGCCCAGGGCGUUCACAACCUCUCCGUCGCAAACCACGUUAUCCCCGACCCCCUCCUGACGGACCUGGGCCACGAGCAAUGCCGCAUCCUCCGCAAAAACUUCCCCAACCACGACUCGAUAGAGCUGGUUGUUGCUUCGCCACUGCGCCGCACUAUCUAUACCGCUCUGCAGUCGUUUGAGCCUGUAUUUCAGAAAAACAGCGCGGUGAAAUUGAUUGCGCUCCCGGAUGUGCAGGAGUCUAGUAACGUCGCAUGUGAUACGGGGAGUGAUCCGGAUGUGUUGAGGAAGGAGAUGGAGGAGAAGGGGUUACCGGUUGAUUUGGGGCUUGUGCAGGAUGGGUGGAAUGUUAAGACUGGACGCUAUGCACCUACCAACCACGCGAUUAAGCAACGUGCCCGGGCAGCUCGACAGUGGCUGAAGGCGAGACCCGAGAAAGAGAUUGUCGUUGUUACGCACGGAGGCUUUUUGCAUUACUUCACCGAUGACUGGGAGGACAGCAGUUUAUACCAAGGAACUGGAUGGACCAACACCGAAUACCGCACGUACACAUUCUCCGACGAGGCACACACCGAAGACCUAGAAGGAUUCGAACUAGACGGGGACAAUGCGAGUCUGGUCGAGACGGAAGAGUCGCGCCAUCGCCGUGGCAAGGACGGACCGAUGGCAGACCGACAGCGACAGAAGUCGCUUUACAGAAACGGGACGCAGGGAUGGAAUGAUCAAGGCCUGCACCUUAGUAUCGAGGAGAGAGAGGCAGCGAAGGCAGAGGAGGCAGCGGCAGCGACCGCCGACGAACCGGGAACCAGUGCAUGAAAGCGACGAUAAUGAGGGGUGAUUGAUUGAUUGUUUUGGAAUUUAUUGUAGAUAGAUAAUAGAUGGCGGGUUGUGCAUUUCUUUGUUUGGUAGACUUGAAGAAUAAAAGAAAAGAAAGAAUCGAACGAGGCUAUAUUCGUGCUGAAUGGGUAAACAAAGAGGAGUUUCGAGUCUCAAUCAAUCGAAGUGAAGAAAGAAAUCGAAUCAUGUAUCAGAUUCUUUU